UAAAGGAAUUAAUAAAGAAGAAAUUUUUGUUACUAAAGAUUUGAGAGAUGUGAUUAAAGAUUCAGAAGGAAGAAAUCUUGAAGAAAAUCAAAAUGGAAUUGUUAAAUAUUUUAAAGGGUAUGAUAAAAAGUAUUACAUGCUUGAUGAUAUAGAAGAUUUUAAAGAUCCAGAAACUGACGAAUAUCUUGUUAAAGUAAAAGUUGCUGGUACAAAUAAUUUACAUACCUAUAUUUUGAUAAAAGGUUUUCCAGUUUAUUUUGAUAUAAAACUUAAUGAACUGGAUAUGUGUGGUAAACCGAAUUAUCAAAUAUAUAGUGAUAUUUUAAAAGAGUUGCAAAAGGGUAGAAAUUAUAAGAAUACAGAGAUUUUGAAUGAAGCACGU